ACCCACCAACCCAGAAUGGCCCGACACUCGGACUAUAUAUACCGAGGCACGCAUCCCCAUGCCCUCGCCAGCCUCACCAGUGCAGCGGCUACAGCAACCAUGAGCUUCUGCGUGAGCAAGCAGGCCCCGGAGCUCGUGGCCCCCGGAGUCCCCACGCCGUCCGGCCGCCUCCCUCUCUCCUCCAUGGACCGCACGGCGGUGGUCAGGAUCCUGGUGGACCUGGUUCUCGUCUUCAAGCAUGGCCUGGAGCCGGCAAAGACCAUCAAGGCGGCGCUGUCCAGGGCUCUCGUCCCUUACUACCCCGUCGCCGGCCGCAUCGUCGAGCCGAGCCCCGGCGAGGCCGAAGUCGCCUGCACCGGCGAUGGCGUGUGGUUCGUGGAGGCCUCCACCGACUGCAGUCUUGAAGGUGUCAACAACCUGGAGCGCCCCCUCGUACUGCGCAAGGAGGAGCUCCUCCCAUUUGCUCCCCUUCAAGUGAACGUGGAGGAUUUGAUCUUUAUGAUGCAGGUCACAACCUUCAGCUGCGGCGGGUUCGCAGUGGGCAUCAGAUUCAGCCACACAGUGUUCGACGGCCUCGGAGCCGCCCAGUUCCUGAAAGCUGUGGCUGAGAUCGCAAGAGGCCAUGCUCGUCUUGUCGUCGAGCCGGUUUGGUGCAGAGAAGUCAUCCCCAGUCCGCCCAAGCAAUCGCGGGGGCACCCACCGUCCCUCGCCGCCUUCCGCUUCGAGACCGCCGUGUUCGACGUCUCGCUGGACCACAUCAACGCGGUGAAGAACCAGUUCUGGCGAGAGAGGGGCCACAAGUGCUCCACGUUCGACGUGGUCACGGCCAUGGUCUGGCAGUGCCGGACGCGGGGGAUAGGCCUGGAGCCCCACGUCGACGUGCACCUCGGCUUCGCGGCCAACACCCGCCACCUGCUGCGCCAGCUGCUGCCGCAGGAAGGCUUCUACGGCAACUGCGUGUACCCCAUGGAGGUCAAGGCGAGGAGUGGAACCGUGGCCGGUUCUUCGCUGGUGGAGGUGAUGGACCUGAUAAGGGACGCCAAGGAGAGGAUGUCGGCCAAGUUCUUGGCAUGGAUGAUGGGGGAGUCGGGGGAGGAUCCGUACAAGGUGCCGCUGGAGUACGGGACGGUGGUGGUGUCGGAUUGGAGCCGGGUGGGGUUCGCGGAAGUGGACUACGGGUGGGGAGACCCGAUCCAUGUGUCUCCCUUUAAUGAUGACAGUAACUUCAUCGCCUCCUGCAUCUACCUGCAGCCGUCGAAGCCGAAGCAGGGCGUGAGGUUGAUGACGCGGUGCGUCCAACGGGCCCAUCUCUCCGCCUUCAGCCAAGAGAUGAUGGAGUUUGUCCACAAGUAGGACACACAUACAUCUGUCUCUCGCUCUCAGUGUGUUUUACAUGCAUUUCGGACCGUUCUGAUGCCAUAAACAUUUGCAUCAA